AUGGAUGAGCACCAAAUAAUUGUUCGCGAGGCUGAAGAGAAAGAAAAAGCCAAAAAUGAAGCUCAAGUCACGCUGGAAAGCCGAAAGCUUUUGUUUCCAUUGGAUCUUUCAAUCACACCGAAAGCCUUCAAGUUUCGCAAUUCUGUGAAAGUUGUGAAUGUCCCAGCAAUAGACCGUGGUUCAGAUCACUUGAUUUUCUUAUUCUACCUUAAGCAUAUAAAGUCGCGGUACAAAACAUGGAGUGCGAGCAAAAUUAAGGCUAUGAAGAUCACCGGUCCAAUUGAAAUUGAUAGCUUCACAAAUGUAAAGGUCUACAAAUCCACACUUGCUGAUAUGCGAUGCCUAAACUCGUAUGACUGGAUCAUGUUGUAUAACUUCUUGCUAAGGGAUGAACAGAAAUAUGAGCCCAUUGUUGCUCACCUCAAGCAAAUGUUAAUCUCAUAUAUUGAAGAGUUUGGCAAGAUGGAAAUUUAG